AUGGUAAAAAGUUUCUCCAAUUUUACAAACAGAAGAUUUUCCAUUUCUGGUAAUGAGUACAGUGCAAACAUGUUAUCUUUUGCAAGAGAUGACCAUUGGAAAUACCUUCGUACUGUUUUGGCACCAUCUUACAGUUCGAAAAGAAUGCGUGAGAUGGUUCCCUUGAUUGAAGAUGUUCUGAAAACUUUUGAAAAAAACUUAAAUAAGAUUGCAGACAGCAAGGAAGCGACUGAUGCCACUGUUUUGUUUUCGGGUUAUACAAUGGAUGUGAUUGCAUCAACUGGGUUUGGAAUUAACGUUGAUUCACAGGAAGAUCCUGACAGCCCUAUUGUUAAAAAUGCUCGAAAAGUCUUUGCUGGUGACUUUUUCAGAUCAAUACCAGGAUUGUCAACCAUAUUUCCUUUGCUUGGAAAAAUGUUAAACAAGAUUAAACCUGGCAUUAUACUUGGGAACAUGGGUUACUUUGUUGAUUUUUGCAAGGAAUUGGUUGAAGAACGAAAAAAAGAGAAAAACACAAGUACACGUAAAGAUCUGCUGCAACUGAUGUUGGAUGCUCAACUUGAAGGCCAUGAAAAGUUGGACGAGAAAAUUGAACAAGAACUCAAACUGGAAAAUAUAACAGACUGGAGAACAAAAAGAGGUCUUACAGAUGUAGAAAUCAUUGCACAAUGCAUGUUUUUUUUCUUGGCUGGCUUUGACACUACAGCAUCCACCUUGUCCUUCUUUGCUCACUCAAUAGCAAUGAACCCUGAUGAAUCUCCAAAUUAUGAUAACGUGCAGAAGCUGACAUAUCUUCAGAUGUGUAUGGAAGAGACGUUGCGAAUGUAUCCAGUUGCUGUAACGCUGACAAGACAAGCAAAAGAAGAUUGCAUCAUAAAAGGAAUGAAAAUUCCUAAGAAUGCAGGAGUGAUGUUUUCAAUUAUAUGUUUACAUCAUGAUCCCAGAUAUUGGAUGGAACCUUUAAAGUUUAAUCCUGAACACUUCAGUGAAGAAAACAAAGCCAAACAAAUACCCUUCACUUAUCUUCCUUUUGGUGGUGGACCACGAACUUGUCCUGGAAUGCGAUUGGCUGAACUUGAAUUCAAGAUGGCUGUUGUACAAAUGCUGAGGAAAUUCCGUCUUGUUGCUUGUGACAAAACUGAAAAGAAGAUUGAAUUUGCAAAAGCUACACAACUGAAGACAAAAAAUGGAAUCUGGAUUAAAAUUUUACACCGUGAAGAAGAAAAAAAUAUUUGUAGUCAGUAA